GGGCAGAUCCCAACCAUGAGCACCAGCCAACCAGGGGCCUGCCCAUGCCAGGGAGCUGCAAGCCGCCCAGCCAUUCUCUACGCACUUCUGAGCUCCAGCCUCUUUUUUUUUUUUUUACCCCGUAGCCGCUGCCUAUGUAGGCAGCACCGGCCCGUCCAGCUAUUUUUUUUUUUUUUUACCUGCCGGGAGGCCUUGGAUGUUCUGGCCAAGACAGUGGCCUUCCUUUUUUUUUUUUUUUCCUUCUGGCAGCUGCCUCCCCAGGACCAGCGGCGGCUGCUGCAGGGUUUUUUUUUUUUUUUCUUUCUGCUUGGGUUGGCCCAAGAUGCUGUGACCUUUGAAGUGGCUGUUUUUUUUUUUUUUAGCAUACUCAAGAAGAUUCUACUGGAGGAGCCCAGCAGCAGUGGAGGCAGUGGCCAGCCGCCAGACAGACCCCAGCCCUCCCUGGCUGCAGUGCAGUGGCUUCAGUGCUGUCUGGAGUCCUUCUGGGGCCUGGAGCUGAGCCCCAAGGAAUAUGCCUGCCUGAAAGGGACCAUCCUCUUCAACCCUGGUGAGCUCCCAGACACUCCUGGGCUGCAUGCCGCCUCCCACAUUGGGCACCUGCAGCAGGAGGCUCACUGGGCGCUGUGUGAAGUCCUGGAGCCCUGGUGCCCAGCAGCCCAAGGCCGCCUGGCCCGUGUCCUCUUUUUUUUUUUUUUUCUCAAGUCCAUUCCGACCAGCCUGCUUGGGGACCUCUUUUUUCGCCCUUUUUUUUUUUUUUUUGACAUCGCUGGCCUUCUUGGGGACAUGCUCUUGCUGAGGUGACCAGCUGCAGCCCAGGCAGAGAUCAGGUGGGCAGAGGCUGGCAGUGCUGAUUCAGCCUGGCCAUCCCCAGAGGUGACCCAAUGCUCCCGGAGGGGGCAAGGCUGUAUAGACAGCACUUGGCUCCUUUUUUUUUUUUUUUCACUCAGCCACACCCCACAUUGGACUUCCUUGGUUUGGACACAGUGCUCCUGCUGCCUGGAAGGCUCUUGGUGGUCCCCACAGCCUCUGGGCCAAGACUUCUGUCCCUUGUUGGGAUGGGAAUGAAAGCUUAGGCUGCUCAUUGGACCAGAAGUCCUACUGACUUUAUAUUUUUUUUUUUUUUGUUAUUGAUUUUUGUAAUAAAAGAUAUGAAACA